UGACGUCAUGAGUAAGCGCCACGAAACAUGUGUGUCAUUUAAUUUGCGAUAGUUUCAAAAUAGGCAUGGCGUUGGCAGGGGUGCGUGUGAUCGAGCUGGCUGGCCUGGCUCCAGCUCCUUUCUGUGGCAUGGUGCUGGCUGAUUUUGGUGCCAGAGUGAUCCGUGUGGACAGGACCCGGACCACCAUGGCAAUGGACGUCCAGGCCCGUGGCAAACUAUCGGUGGCCUUGAAUUUGAAGAAGCCUGAAGGUGCGGCUGUGUUGAGGAAGCUCUGCCUCAAGUCAGAUGUCGUUCUUGAGCCUUUCCGCAAAGGAGUUAUGGAGAAGCUGGGACUUGGUCCAGAGGAACUGCUUAAAGAAAACCCAAGGCUGAUCUAUGCCAGACUGACAGGAUUUGGACAAAGCGGAUCCUUCGCUACAGCAGCUGGUCAUGACAUCAACUACCUUGCAAUGUCAGGUUUGCUCUCGAAGCUGGGCAGGAGCUCGGAAAAUCCCUAUGCCCCCCUCAAUCUGGUGGCUGACUUUGCAGGAGGAGGGCUGCUGUGCGCAAUGGGCAUUGUCCUGGCGCUGUACGAGAGGACCCGAUCCGGGAGGGGGCAGGUGAUUGAUGCCAGUAUGGUGGAAGGAGCUGCCUAUGUGGGAUCUUUUAUCUGGAAAUCCCAAAACCUGGGCCUUUGGAACAGACCCCGAGGUCACAACCUGCUGGACAGUGGGGCUCCAUUUUAUGAGACCUACGAGACAGCAGAUGGGAAGCACAUGGCUGUGGGGGCUAUUGAACCUCAGUUUUAUAAUGAGCUCAUCAAAGGUCUCGGCUUGGAUCCAACUGAAUUACCUCUGCAAAUGAGCGUCUCCGACUGGCCAGAGCUGAAGAGGAUUUUUACAGAGACCUUUGCCAGCAAGACGCAGGCAGAGUGGUCCAAGAUUUUUGAUGGCACGGAUGCCUGUGUGACACCCGUGCUUUCCCUAGAAGAAGUCAGCUCCCACCCACACAACAGGGAACGGGGCUCUUUCAUCAAAGAUGCACAGGGAGAGGUCAGCCCCCGGCCAGCCCCCCUCCUCUCUCGCACCCCAGCCUCCCCCAGCUCCAGCAGGGACCCUUUCAUAGGCGAACACACGCGGACUGUCCUGGCCGAGUAUGGCUACAGCUCCGCUCAAAUCGACAGCUUGCUGUCUGCUGGAGUGAUAGAAUGCAAGUCAAAGUCACGCCUGUAGCUCAUUCUCACAUGGAUGGGAUACGAUGCCCAGCCAACAGUCUGUUGUGAUCUAGGCAAAACAAAUGGCACUCAUUAAAAUGUCCUUACAAACACAUCAAUGGUGAAAUGGAUAGUUCUCAAUAUAUGUGCUUCUGAAAACUGUUGCAUGCAGAAAUGAAAACAAAUUUGGAAACAAGAAUGGUUUGUGGAUGACAUGGUCUCUUGAUACUGAAGUAAAAAUGAUGAAGACAUUAAGAUAUAGAAAAAAAUAUUGUUCAAAUGUUGAUUAAUUGUAACAAACAAUACUUUAUUCUUAAAAUAGAAUUUCUCUUAGUACCUUACUCUGUAAAAACCUUUCAGAAUUAAUUUUGACCAUUUCUGUGUAAUCCUGUGGUUGUUCUUUCAGUUACAUUUUUAACCAUUAAACUACAGUGAUUCUUUGUAAGAUGUAAUUUUAGAUUGUUUCCUGUAACUUAUCAAUACAAUUAUAUGAAAUUGCUUAUGUGUUUUUAAUACAGUAUGUAGAAUGAAAGCUGUCUGCAGUAAAUGGGAGCAUAGCAGGUCCCUUUCCUGGGAAUGCGUUUUAUGAUACAAAUUUGAACACAGUAUAUAAUCUCAAAAUAAAAAUAGCAACCCAGCAGAUGGUAACUACACCUUAGUUUUUUUUUAUAUUUAUAAGUGACAAAAUCAAAAGAGAUGUUUUUGAUCACAGGUGUACAUUAUCACUAUAUUAAUGUUAAGUUACAUAUAAAAUCCUUUGAUUUGCACUACUUGAUUCAAAAGGUCCCAAAUGUUCUGAUUGGAUUAUCUGGCUGUUUUACGUAUUUCCCUGACAUUUAUGUGUUUGGAAGACAUUUGAAAAUACUGAUCUUUCUUUUAGUUUUUUUCAGAAUUGCAAUGAGUGUGGUGAGAGUGCCUCGGUAAUGUGAUUUGCCAACUUCAAGCAGAAUUGUGUUUUUCCUUAAUCUAUGUAAAGGUUAAGGAUUAUACAGGACAGUAUCUUUAAGCAUUGCAGAGGUGAAUUAUUUAUCACCCACAGCAGUAAAUUAAGCACCUAAAUCACCUUGUAGGGUCAUAGAUGAAAAGAAUUGGAGAGUUGAUCACAGAGGAAUGUGUACAUUUUGCACUGUAAAUGCAAUUACGUGUUAAUUGUUGGGUGGUGUGAGUAAAAUGUAAAAAUGCGUGGUA